UAUUGUACUGGCCUACACAUUAAACUCUUUUUUCCUAAACCAUCUUUUCUUGAAUAAGUUACGAAAAAAAAAAUGGCAAGUUCAUCAGUAGAAGAAAUAAGGAAAGCUCAAAGAGCAAAUGGUCCAGCCACAAUAUUGGCAAUUGGUACUGCAACUCCACCUAACUGUGUCUACCAAGAUGAUUACCCUGAUUACUACUUUCGAGUUACCAAUAGUGAGCAUAUGACUGAGUUGAAGGAGAAGUUCAAACGCAUGUGUGACAAGUCAAUGAUAAAAAAACGUUACAUGUAUUUGACAGAAGAAUUCCUAAAGGAAAACCCCAACAUGUGCGCUUACAUGGGCGCAUCACUAGACACUCGCUAAGACAUUGUGGUGUCCGAAGUUCCAAGGCUAGGUAAAGAGGCGGCAGUUAAGGCGAUCAAGGAGUGGGGUCAGCCCAAGUCUAAGAUCACCCAUGUUAUCAUGUGCACCACCUCUGGUGUAGACAUGCCUGGUGCUGACUACCAGCUUGCCAAGCUCCUAGGGCUUCGCCCUUCGGUCUGCCGCUUCAUGCUCUACCAACAGGGUUGCUUCGCUGGUGGGACUGUUCUCCGCCUUGCUAAGGAUCUUGCUGAAAACAAUCGUGGAGCUCGUGUCCUAGUGGUGUGCUCAGAGAUUACCGCCAUUUGUUUUCGUGGGCCUACUGAGACUUACUUAGACUCUAUGGUGGGUCAGGCUCUUUUUGGAGAUGGGGCAGGGGCAUUGAUUGUUGGUGCUGAUCCAGAUGAAUCCAUCGAAAGACCUUUAUUCAAAAUGGUUUGGACGGCCCAGACUAUAAUUCCUGACUCUGAGGGUGCAAUUGAUGGGCAUUUACGUGAAGUAGGCUUAACUUUUCAUCUAUUAAAGGAUGUUCCUGGCCUUAUUUCUAAGAACAUUAAUAAAGCUCUUGAAGAAGCCUUUACCCCACUUGGGAUUAGUGAUUGGAAUUCUAUCUUUUGGAUUGCUCACCCGGGUGGUCCUGCAAUACUAGACCAAGUUGAGGCUAAAUUAGGCCUCAAGGAAGAGAAGCUUCAUGCCACCCGCAACGUGUUGCGUGAAUUUGGUAACAUGUCUAGUGUUUGUGUCCUUUUCAUCCUCGAUGAGAUGCGGAAAAGGUCGUUGGAAGAAGGGAAGAUCACAACGGGUGAGGGGUUGGAUUGGGGUGUUUUAUUUGGAUUUGGACCAGGCCUAACUAUUGAAACCGUUGUACUUCAUAGUGUUCCUUUGAGUUUGUAAUCUUAGUGGUUUAUGAGGUAAAAUACAAAACUCAAAGAAAGAAAAAUGCACUAGGAUGACGAGUUGUCUUUCGGCUACAAAACGUUUUCACGUUUUCUUUCUAUUUAGUUAGCUAUGGUUGUACACUAUCCUUAUAUGUUGUUACUUUAGCUUUGUGGUUUGGAAGAAUAAAUUCUGAAAAUAUGUUUGUUGAUUGGGAUUAUAUUCUUGUUGUUUAAUGACAACAAAUACAUUAACUAUAUAUAUUAUGUUGAAGCUUCUACCUU